AAUCCCCCUAUGUUUGAUCAUGGCGGACAGCAUGUAUGACACUCUCACUCUCGGUUUAACUGGCUUGACGAUCGAGCUAUAUCGGUUAAUCGAUUUCUUGAACAGCACCCUGCACAAUUAUGAACAACCGCUCAAAAGAGGUUACUCUCAUUCGGAUACCUCGAUCCGACGUCCGUAUUAUCCGGAUGAUACAGUCAGCAUAUCCGUAUUGCUGUACAUUGUAACCCUGCCACUCUUAGUUAUCACCAUUCGGAUGUUCGUAAACCCAGUUGGAAGCGAUACCACCCUCCAUCGACCAGGCCCUAUGGGGUUGUUGGGCGGGGCCUUUCUCACGGCCCUCAUCACUGCCGGUAUUAAGCUUGUCAUCGGGAGAUUGGCGCCAAAUUUCUACGAAGGGUGCCAGCCAUCCCACCCAUCCCAGCCAUACACGAUCUUUUGGAGUAAACAUAUCGAUUACCAGGCAUAUUAUACAUGCGAUUACCCCGAAAGGCAGAGAGAAGUUAGUCGAUCUUUUCCCUGCAUAUACACGUCUUUGUCAUCUUUCUCUUGGAUGUACUUGUUGAUAUAUUGCUUCUACAAAUCAUCAUCAUCACUUAGUCUCAGAACAGUCACCAUCUUAAUCUGUCUUGCCCCGCCCACCUUCAUCGCAAAUACCCGGCUCCGUGACCACAGAAGUCAUCCAGGUGACGUCAUAGCAGGAUGCAUGCUGGGUGUUUUCAUCGCAUUGGUCUCGGCAAUCGGUAGAAAGGAAUCGGCGAUGGUCGAGAGCGAUCAAGAAAUUCCACGGGAUCAAGAUAACGAAUGGGACAUGAUAUCGGAGGAUGAAAUGCAAGAAGAGCCGAUACAGCCGACGGUCAGAGUUUGUACAUCGGCCCUUUACUCUAACAUCGAGGGAUUCGUGGUCGAGCUCAGAGACCACUCAUGCGAUCUCGUCGAGGACGUGAAACACGUGGAGCUUCCUUACAACGAUCUCGACUCUUUCACCCUGGAUGGCUGGGAUAAGAGUGACGUCGUCAUAUUGUGUCACUCGAUCGAAAAUCGGAGGCUAUCCCUUACUGACGUCACAGAUGCUCUGUACGAUAACUUUAUACAGAAAGUUUCGAAGUUAAUCGGCAAGGACGCACUCAUCGUGAUUGCUCAUGAUUUCAAAUGGACAGAUGAUCAGCCCCCCAAAGUUCGAAAGGACCAAGAAGAGACUAUUCGGGCCAGGCAGCCCACCGUCUACAAAUUCGCGGAAAUGUCAUUUUGGCGGGAAAACUUGGCAAACAGAAAUCUCCUAACGUGUUGCGUGACUGUGACUGGGAUGUCAUCCUUGCCGUCAUCUACGAGAAGGGAAAGACGGGAAUGAUAGACACAUGAUCUUUUUGAAUCUAAAUUUUUAAACUCCAGUUCAACUUUGAAUUAACAAUAUCAGGCAGGCGCGGAUCCAGGAUUUCUUAGGGGAGGGGGCCCAACUUUUUUUUUUUUGCUCCCGAAAAUUUAAAAAUCGCGCCGGCGUGUACAGGGAUGUAUGACCAAUUUUAGACACUCUAGAAAACAUACUUCUUCCCUGAAUAGUUAGCUUAAGCCCUUUUCUUUUCCCUAUCCCUUUCAAACAUUGUGCAUGUACCUUUUCUGAUGAAAUUCAAGUGUGUGUUAUGUAAGAUUAUUUAGUGUUAACGCUGUGAUAAAGUGUACUAUGGAGAGCGCACUAAAUACUAGUUAUUAUUAUUAUUAUCAUUAUCAUUUCUAUGUGGAGUAAGUUCCGAAAAGAUUCUGACUCCAGUGUUCUUUCGUAAAAAGAAGUAUACUAAUUUUGUCUCGUAACUUUUUUGUAUCUUCUAGGCAAUGGUAAUGAUUUCUUACACAUUCCAAUUAUGCCUACCUUGAGCACGGAGGCUUAAUGUGUGUUGAAGUCAUUUAUUAUUAUUAUUUGUAUAAGAUUAUCUGACGUAUUAAAGGUUAACCAUUUUGCCAUAAUAAAUGUUAAUACAUUCUUUUGGUGGGCGAGAUUCGAGGAGAAUUUGAAACAAUUUCCUAGCCAUUUAUGGAUCUUACACGUUCACAUGAAAAGUAUGGUAGCCCCCAAACAAUUGUUCAAUGUAUACGCACCUCUCUUCUGCAGCAAUUUUGAGGAAUUCCUUGCAUCUUGACAGUCAUGUCUAGCGCGACUGAUAAACACUACAGUGUAUGUAAAAGAGCUUUUAUAAGUGCAAUAUUCUUCUUUGAAUACCUAAUGCUGCUUUUUAUAUGUACAUGUGUAUAUAUUUUUUAUUUUGUUGUGACUGAAGCUGCUUUUUCCAUGUAUUUAAUGACAUUUCAAAUGGUUUAAUUUGAAUGUUAUACAAUACCAUUAAUUACAUUACCCAGAAGCAUCUUUAUCCUUUCAUACUCAAAAUGUACAAUUUUACCAACAAAAUAAAAUCCCCAUAUUCGCUCACACCAUAUAAUAUCACAAUGCAAUUAUGUAUCUUAUUAUCGGGAUUUUUU